AUGUCCGAUCCAAGUUUCAAUCCUGAAAUUGAGGAAGAGGUGCUGGAGGAAACUCAAAAUAAUCAGGCAGUAGUAGUGACACUUCCGCUGGAUGUAUACAACGAGCAAGCGGAUUCAAUAAGAGCGCUACAGGCCGAUGUGACUUUUAUUAAGGAGCAAGUACAAAUCCUGGUCCAGCAAGGAUUGCCACCGGGUACAUCGUCAACACAGGAUUUUUUUAAUCCGAUUAGAGAGUUCAUGCCUCUGGGAUCCACUGAUGCAUUGAUCAGAUUCGAGGAGUUGCUGGGAAAAAACGACAACAAAAAGAAAUUUGAAAAGUUCUUAGCAUCUUUCGUACUGUUUAAAAAGCCUCUGAAAGUGAUAACCAUGGCUUUCAUUGAGAAAGUGUAUGACCUUGCAUUGCAGUCUCAAGUGAACUAUUCUGGGGCUGGUGGCAAACAGGCACUCAAAAGUUUGUGCUCGACACAAGUAUUAAUAAAAGCUCUCGUCGAUCAUUCGCUCUUUGACAACACGGAGAACCCAGCAGCCCAAGCGUGUGUCGAAUUUCGGUACCAAAUGCAACAUGCAUGUGAUCGGAUUAGGAGCAGUAAGCGCAAGCAAUCUGGGUCCGUAAGCCGACAACGAGUCAGCAGACAAAAGUUGACUGUUCCGCUGCUUAAGAUGGAGCUUAACGAUGGCCACAAUGAGGAUGAAGUCUUGGAUGAGGACACUGAGCAGAUGACCCUUUGCAAAGCAUCUUCGAAGACAUCCUCACCCGGAUCCAUAGUGGCCUCAACGCAUAUCUCGGACAAAGGUGGAUUCUUCUUCGAUAGAGGAACUACCACUUCGUUGCACUCAUCAACGUUGCAACUGAAGCUGCUCAAGAUUUUCACGUCCCGAAUAACGGUUAUCCUUUCAGUUGAAACACCAAUCAGACCAGACGCUUGUCCCGCUUUUCGCCCGGUAUCAACACCGAACGGGUAA